AUGGCUUCCACCGGUCGGGAAUCACUGGCAGUCAAAAGGGCCACCGAAGUAGCCUUCGAUUCCGCACCGACUGAGCCCGCACCACUUCCGUGCCCGCACCCCUUGCCAUCGUAUUGGACACAGACUUCUUCAGAGCCAGGACCGGCCCAAGGAGUCUUCACACCACAAGAUGGCGUGGAUAUGGAGCCUGAGGUGGACGUGGCCAUCAUUGGCGCUGGCAUCACUGGCAUCUCUGCAGCAUAUCAUCUCGCCAAUAGGCUCACGCCCAGGUACGAUGGGCAGCCGAUCAAGGUCGUCGUACUGGAGGCAAGAGACUUCUGCUCCGGAGCCACUGGCCGUAACGGGGGUCACCUCACCCCUCUUUCCGUCCUCAGCUAUGACGAGCUAGCCAGCAAUCCUGCCCACCUCUCGCGUUUCCUCUCCUCCACUUCUCGGGAAGAGCAUUGGGGCAACGAUAGAGGUACAAAGACGGAUGAAGUGAUACGUAAGAUUCUUACCCUCGAGGCACGUACAUCGGCAGAGAUUCUCAUGAUCAUUCAAGAGGGAGACUCAUUAGAUGUGGAGUUGGUCAGUGGAUCAAAUUGGCAUCUCUGUCAGUCCAGUGAGGAGGAGGCCGCCUUCGAUGCCAGCAUCGAGCGGGCGAAGCGGGCUGGGCUCAGCGACCUCGCCAUGCAAGUGAAGAAGGUCCCCUCAGAAGAGUGGCAUAAGAGGUUGCAUGAUCCCAGCAAGAUCACAGCCGUGUACGAGAUUCCGGGGUCGACUGUUCAUUCUCGGCGGUUAGUCCUGCUACUGCAUCAGCUCGCCUACGCGAAUGCGCAGCGCAGCAAGACGGACCUCAAAGUCUUUACCCAGACCCCAGUUCUGGCGGUCAAAUCUCUGUCUGGAGGAGCCUCAUCGCUCGAGACCCCUCGUGGCAAUGUCAGAGCUCGCUACGUGAUCCAUGCGACCAACGCAUAUGCCUCCCACCUUCUUCCCCAAUACGCCGGCCCCAAGGGCAUUGUGCCCACACGAGCGCAGUGCGUCUCCGUCCUCCCCAGCAAAUCGCCUUCGGAGGGCGAACCUCUGUGGCAGAUGGGCUUCAGCCUCAACCACGGCUUCGAGUACCUUCAGCAAAGGCCCAAUAGGAGUACAGAUGGGGCCGUGCAGACGUGCAUACUGGGUGGGGGACGAUGGGCAGCCAUCGACAGGGAGUGGGGUGUAGCGGACGAUACCAAGACCAACCCAGACGUGUCCGCUGUCCUGAGACCGAUGCUCUCAGAUCUCUUUCCCAACAACUUCUCAAAGGGAGACCCAGUCGAGCUAGAGUGGACCGGUAUCAUUGGUCAUUCGAAGAGCGGAGACCCCUUUGUCGGUCCAGUGGUAGCUUCGGCCCCAGCUAGCCACGGCGCUAGACAGUACAUCGUCGCCGGCUAUUCUGGACAUGGCAUGACAAGAGCAUACUCCUGCGCUGAAGUCGUCGUGGACAUGAUCGUGGCGGAUCGGGCGGGCGAAGAGUGGGUGCCGCCUGUAUGGUGA